AUGGUGGACAGGCAGCUUAGAUCAAGGACAGGCAUGUCGGAACCGGAGGAAGGGGUUAACGUUACGGACCCCGUACAAAUGAUGCAACUGAGGAAGUUGGAGUUGGAGAUGCAGAUUCUGAAGGAAGCAGCAGAUCAAGAUAGGCAAAUAAAGAAGGAAGCAGCAGAACGAGAGAAAGAGAAAGUUGAACGACAGCUAGAAUUAGAAAAAGAAGACAAGAAAUUACGCAGAGAAGCUGAACUGGGGAUGAAGGCUCAAGAGAACAAAAUCACAUUGAAGAGUUCCAUAACUGGUAUAAUCCGAAGAUUUAGCCCAAUGAUGGGGUUAUGCCCAACGGAUCCCCGGGAGUUACCAGCGUAUUUUCAAAGAAUUGAAGGAAUGUUUGAUAGUUAUGAAAUCACUGAAGAUAUACGAGCAGAGCUGUUGGUAGCAAAUAUGGAGACGAAGAUGAAAACAGUUUUGAAUGAAUUAAAAGGGGAAGACUAUCAGAAUUAUGAAGCCAUCAAGCAACGUAUCAUACAUUCAUGUCGGUUCAGUCCUAUGAAACUUCGCGAUGAAUUUGAUCUAGCUAGGAAGAAAAGUGAUGAAACAUUCCCAGCAUUUGCCGCGAAAUUACAUAGCCACCUUAGAUUCUACUUUCAAAGUCGUGGUAUCGAGAAUUUGGAUCGGGCGAUGUCAUUGUUGGUUGUAGACCGGAUGAAAGAAUUGCUCCCUAAAGUUUUGUUAGAACAUGUGUUGACCCAGGAGGGUGAGAGUUGGUUACAACAUGAACAAAUGGCUGAUGUUCUAGAGACGUUCGAGGCAAACAUGAACAUGAGGUCGUCAACGGCAGCUGUUUCUGAUUAUAGGCUACACCACUUGUCGGAACAAAGGGGAAAACACCCACCUUGGCCCUUGAAAGAUGAUAAGAGGGGACCAAUUUCAAAGAUGGGCUGUUACAAGUGUGGUAAUGUGGGUCAUCUGGCCAAGUUUUGCACUCAGAGGUCUAGCUUGGGGAAACCGGUAAGGAAAAUCAUGAAAUGUCACGUCUCUUCUGCGUCUCGAGGUCUGAAUUCACAUGACAAUGGAGCUAUUCAAGCCGACAAAUAUUUCACGAGACCAUUUGUGGACGUUCAAAUACAGUCUGGUCCAGUCUGUAAGGCCUUGGUAGACAGUGGGGCAGAGGUUUGUGAAAUAUCACAAGAUUUAUGCCAGAGGUUGAAGCUUCCACGAAUGGAAAAGAUGAGAAUCAGGGGAUGGAAUGGGCAGCCUACAGAAGUUGAUGGGACAUGGGUGAUGUUGUUGCCAAGUUCAAAGGAAGGGGAAAGCAUUGCGCCAGCAAUCAGGGUGUGGUGUGCGGUGGUUCCUAAUACUGGUGAACAGUUAAUCAUCACCCCACAGAUAGUGGAGUUGUUGAAUAUAUCAGAACCAUACACAAUGCCUGCCAUGAGGGCCGGUACAUUGGUAGGUGAUUUACCGGUGAUGUCUGAACAUGACGAAAGUCUAAAAUACUACGACGUUGAAGAUUCCGGGUUGAAAUGCCAGGGGCGAUGCGGACGACGAGGUGUAGGUCAGGUCGGUGAUAUUAUAAGAAAGUUAGAUGACAACAACAACAACUUUAAUAAAUUCGUUCAUGAUAAAAGCAACAACAACAGCGUUGAUAAAUUUGUUCAUGCCAUCAACAACAGCAACGUUAAUAAAUUUGUUUAUGACAACAACAAUGGUGUUGGUAAUUCAGAUGUCGGUAAUGUUGGUAGAUCAGAUGUCAGAGGUGCAGGCAAAUCAUAUGGCGGUAAUGUUGGUAGAUCAGAGGUCGGGGGUGUUGGUAAUUCAGAUGUCGGUAAUGUUGGUAGAUCAGAUGUCGAGGGUGUAGGUAAAUCAGAUGUCGGUAAUGUUGGUAGAUCAGAUGUCGGGGGUGUUGGUAAUUCAGAUGUCGGUAAUGUUGGUAGAUCAGAUGUCAGAGGUGCAGGUAAAUCAGAUGUCGGUAAUGUUGGUAGAUCAGAUGUCGAGGGUGUAGGUAAAUCAGAUGUCGGUAAUGUUGGUAGAUUAGAAGUCGGUAGAGCCGGGAAAUCAGAUGUCGGUGGUACACGUAGAUCAGAUGUCGGUGGUAUAUGCAAGUCAGAUGUUGCUGAGGUAAAUAACUUGACUGCUGCUACAAAGAGAUCAGAAAACGACAGGCCUAACGAAGAUGAUGGUGAGGAUGAAGGUGGAGGGGCUGAAGAUGACGAUAUGAUUGAUGAACUGGCAGUGGAAGAAGACAACCCAAUAAAAUUUAAUAAUUGUAAGGUUGGUGUGAUGGAAGCUGAGGAUGGCCAACCAGAGGAGGAAGGUGAAGAUGAUCAUGAUUGUGGAGAUGGUGAUGACGAUGGGAGGGAAUUUUCAGAUGACAACAAAGUUGGUAUUGUGGCAGGUCAUAACAAAGUUCUAGAUAAAGAUGAUGAGGGUGAAGCCCAGGUGGAUGAGGACGAAGGAAGUUGUGGGUUAGAAAAGGACAGACAUUUGAAGAACCAAACAUAUCGAAACGAGAAGAAACCUCGAGAAAUAACCCUGGUGCACCGUGUUGUCCGGAGGCCGUCGCUACAACAGCAUUCGCACACCCCAGUCACACAACAACAGGGCAGUGACUACAUGAAGAAAUAUACCCACGCAGGGUCUCAGAAGCGCUAA